CUGCUGGCUGAGCUGGCACAGGAGCUGCGCAAGUCGCACCCUGCCGAGGCCAAGCGGCUGCAGCUGCUCGGCCAGCCGGACCUCGCCCUGGGCCGUAGGGAGGCAGCGGACUACGGGGCAGACCCAGAGGAGCAGAGAGUGGAAAUCGUCCCUCGAGACCUCAGGAUGAAGGACAAGUUCCUGAAGCAUCUCACAGGUCCUCUCUACUUCAGCCCCAAGUGCAGCAAACAUUUCCAUAGGCUGUACCACAACACCCGAGACUGCACCAUCCCGGCAUACUAUAAAAGAUGUGCGAGGCUUCUUACCCGGCUGGCCGUCAGUCCCAUGUGCAUGGAGGGGUGAGCUGCAGGGAGCGCGCCUGGAGCCCUGAGAAGUGCCUUGACCACCGGAGACGGGACUGUACACCCACCCUGGGGACAGAGAUUUAUUUUUGCAGACAGACUCCUCCACAACCCCUUUGGACUGUAUGUUGUCGAACUGUUUGCAGCUAAAUGUUCAGUCAGCAGAUCUGACGGUGGUACUUGCCACUCUUCAGUAUAAAACUGAAAACUCCACAUUUGACGUACAGUGCUAUACAAUACGAGUACUUCAUUUUCCUGAUUAGGUGAAAUCACAAAAUAUUUCUUUAGAAACACAGGCAGAAUCUUGAAACUAUAUUUUCAUAUAGCAUAUGAUUUGAUAUUUUGUAUUACUUUUACAAUUAAACUCCCAGAGUAUUAUGUGGAACUGCAUGAAAAAUUAAAAAAAAAAAAUCAGUCAUAUUUUGCAGACAGUAGAGUACAUAUCAGUGAAGAUACCCAUGCAAUCCCAUUUGUCCUUUGUAUAAUAAAGUAG